AUGGCCGACAGCAACCCCGGAAACUUCGCCAACUGGGAUAAGAGCGACUUAAAGAAGGUUGCCGCCAAGGGUGGCAGGACCCAGAACGCCGGCGAGGCAGAAACCGGCUCGGGAAACCAGGCGAGCAGCGGUCUCGGUAGCAGCGGCAACAGCGGCACCGGCAAGCAAGGCUUCGCCAGCAUGGACCCCGAUAGACAGCGCGAAAUCGCUUCCAUGGGCGGCAAGGCGUCGGGUGGUUCCUUUGAAAAGGGCAGUGAGCGUGCUAGGGAGGCUGGAGCCAAGGGAGGAGCGAGCUCCUAA